CGUUGUUAUACUUCUCGCGGCCGUGUGUGGUCAACAAGAGCUUGGGAAAUGUUGACUCCAGCCGUGCUCAGGGAUAAUGUGCCCUUUUUGCCACCCAUAAGAAAUACAGACAAACUUUUACAGUCUCGAGAAAAACUCGGAGGAAGAAUCUCUCAGACGUCAAAAGUCAGGCCACAGUCUAGAGGCAGAGAAACUGAAUCAUCUAGUCCAAUGGAAGACGACAGCAAGAAAUACAGCCUCACUAAAGAUGAGGUAGCACUUUUCCGGAAUUGUCACAAGCAGAGCGUGUGCGUGGACAUGCUGCGCCAGGGGUACCACCGGUCCUUCAGCGAGCUCCUGGCACUCCUCCACCGCUGGAACGCCACCAGGGACGCGUCGGAGCGGGGGUCCGACAUCUGGGAGCAGCAGCCGCUGGAGGAGCAGGACCACAAGCUGGAUCAGCUUUGCCACUUCCUGACCAGGGCCGAGGCGGCCCAGAGAGCAGAUCUGUAUGAGGAGGUGUAUGAGCACCAGGUCUCCCUGGCCCGAUACUUUGUGGAGCCUGAGGACAAGUGGCUGUCGCACCACUUCUACGAGAGCAGCCUGGUCACGGCCCGCAAGGUGAAGACGGACUGGGGGAGGAAGGAGGCCGAGGCCAACUCCAACAUGGGCCACGUGUGCACUGAGCGAGGUCAGCUGGAAACAGCCCGGGCGCAUUAUGAAGCAUUCCAUCAUCUGACAGAGGGGCAGGCGUGGAGGGAUGAGGCAGGACAAGCCCUCCACUCUCAGGCUUGCGAGUGUCUCUGGAGGAUUCACACGCUGCUCGCCGACAGAAUGCUGGAAAAUAAAGACUACCGGCCAGCCAUUGAGACCCUAACAAAGGCCUUUCAAAUGGCUAGAGAAGGAGGAGAUAAAGCGGUGGAGGGGAAGGCCGCGUACCGGGUGGGGCUGGCCUACCAGAGCGCGGGGGACCACGAGACCGCCGAACGAUAUUUGAAUUUGUAUAUGGACAUUUCUACUGUUCUGGGAGAUGAUGAAAGCCUGGGAACUGCUUAUAAGGCAAUUGCAAAAUCUCUGGAAAGCGAAGGCAAACUCGGGGAGAGUAUUGAGCUCCUGGAGAAGUUUGUGGAGGUGUCUCAGGACGAGAGCCUGAAGCACAACCUGGAGGAGGCCUGCAUGUGUCUGGGAGUGUUCUUCUGCUCCAGAGGUCAGUACGACAAAGGCUGCCAGCAUUUUGAGAGGGCCUACGAGAUCGCCCAGCACCUGAACAGCGUGGCGGUGCUGCAGAAGGCCCAGGUGUACCUGGGGACCGCCAGGGCCUGCAUGAUGAUGUCUGCCUACAGCAGUCACGUCGCCGAGGCCCGGAACGUGGACUCCUGCAAGCUGGUGGUGUGGAAGGAGACCCGGAACGACAUGUUCAACCAGGCGGACGCGGAGAAAACCAUAGAUGAUGGGGAAGACUCCAGGGUCCCAUAGAUGACACACAGCAGGUGAAUCACCUGCAACCAUUCAUUAGUUAUUACACAACCACAUUAACUCUUUAAACACGC